GUCACACCUCACACUGAGGGGGAGGAGGUGCCUCUCUCACGAGACUAGCAUGCACCUCCCCUUUCUUUCAAAUUUCUUCCAUCUCUACCCUUCAAAAACUCUUUAAUCACAUGUAUGCCCUUGCGGGCCGACUGUGAACCCCCUAUGGUCUUUAAGUCCUAGGGAUAGCCCCCUAGGAGCUUAAGGUGCUAGCGAUAGCUUGAUCUGUGAACCCCCUAUGGUCUUUAAGUCCUAGGGAUAGCCCCCUAGGAGCUUAAGGUGCUAGCGAUAGCUUGAUCUGAUACUAGAGAAAGCCCGAUUUCGGUACAGGGAUAUCCUCGCCGGAUACUGUAGGAAGCCAUAUAUUUCAGUAUUGGGGAUGACCAUGUUAGAGACUAGAGAAAGCUUAUGAUAGUUGUUAUGGUCGCAACUACUCAUGAUCUCCCGAUUCUUAUCAUGGCUUAGGGAGACCUGUGAUGCCAUUGAAGUACAGGCCUUGAAAGUUUGCUUAAAUAUGUAGUAGAGGGGGAUCCAUAGUAGUUAUUGCCCUCCCUACAUUCUCAUUUCUAUCAAAUUUCCCCUUUUUAGGAAUAUGAUGGCCGUUUCUCCAAAAAAUUUGCCAAAAUUUUCCACUCCAUAAAAUUCGUCAAAUGCUAGGAUUUUGAAGGCCAUUUCUCCAUAAAAUUCGUCAAAUUUCAGAGAAGCUACAAGUAUAGGGCAGGGCUGGAAUUAAUGGAGGCCUCUGGGCGGAAGGCAACGGGCUUUCGAGACGGUGCUCUCGGGACGAACACUCCAUGUGGAGCAUGCAAGUUCCUUAGACGCAAGUGCAUAAGUGGGUGUGUUUUUGCGCCGUACUUUGGCUCGGACCAAGGGGCCGCCAGGUUCGCUGCUGUGCACAAGAUUUUCGGUGCGAGCAAUGUAUCAAAACUGCUGCUCCAUGUGCCAGUAUCUCGGAGGCACGAGGCGGUGGUGACCAUAUCAUAUGAGGCGCAGGCCCGACUCUCUGAUCCUGUCUAUGGAUGUGUAUCCACCAUCCUAGCUCUACAGCAACAGGUGGCAUCAUUACAAGCUGAGCUAUCACUCGUGCAAUCUCAACUGAUAAACAGCAGGUUGGCCAUGGCAAAUGCACCUCAACACCAACAAACACACAUGGCCCUUUUACAGCCAGCUUAUUCAAAUAAUUCAUCAGCUUCCAACAAUUUGAUAAAUAUUGGAAGCCUUCAAGGGAGCUUUGAGCCCUUGCAAGUGUCACACCCAACACAAGAGGAAGAUGAUGAAGAGGAGAGUCAGAACCCGAUAGCUUUCUCGAAUUCAGUUCUUCAAAGGAAGUAACUUCUUUCAAAAUAAUGAGAACUUUCUCUAUUUUCCUUUUUCCUUUGUUUUGUUUUUUUGUUUUUUGUUUUUUGUUCUUCUAUAAGAAUGGGUGGUGGGGAUGGGUGAUGACGAGACACACCGUGAAGUUUCCAACCAUUGGAUCUUGUUAGACGAAUCUCAUUCGUUGGAGCUAAGCAGAGAAAUUUAAAUUUUUGGAAGUACAGAGAGAAAAGAGCAUGGUGAUUAUUUACUGGAAAUAGAAUUAUGUGCAAGGACUUGGCAUAA